AUGAAGCUGCGGCUAAUAAACUUCACAAGAUUAUUACUUGUUCACGCUGAAAAACAUUACAUCAACCAUAAUUUACAUCAAAUUUCGCCCAUUUUAACCAAACAAAUUAUUCAUAAUUUUCCUUAUUUUGCAAAACAAGAGGAAGAAGUUCUACGUGAUUUGCAGCAAAACGAAGGGGCUUUGCACCCUCGUUUAGCAGUUUAA